UCUAAAAGCCUUUACUUUCUUCACAUUCGUUUAAUCGGUACUGAACAUGCAUGGAGAGAGUCAUAGGUUUCAAAAUCGGACACAGAUUUGUCAAGAUCUUCAAAUGGACUCGAUGCAGAAGAACUCAAACGAAUAAACGUCAAUGCAGGACCCGAAUCACAAAUCCGAUCACCGGAAUCCGCUCAUUAGCACGGUGUCUAAGCCGUGGAGCCAAGAGAUUAUGCGGUGGCGAGAAGAUUUCGGGUAAUAGCAAGAUCCGACUGGGUAAGGAUCCGAACGCGUCUCUGUCGAUGAAUGUUGUUCCGAAGAGACAUCUGGUGGUUCACGUCGGUGAAUCAGACGGUGACACGCGGCGGGUUGUGGUGCCGUUGAUCUACUUUAAUCACCCAUUGUUCGGAGAGUUGUUGGAACAAGCGGAGCUGGUUGAUGGGUUCGAUCAACCGGGUCGAAUCACGAUUACGUGUCGGGUUUCUGAUUUUGAGAAAGUUUAAAUGAGGAUCGCCGCAUGGGAUCAUUGUCGCAGGAAAAGGACUUGCAAAAUUCUAUAACUUGACAUUUCUUCCAAAUUAUUUGUGUGUGUGUGUGAAUAUCACUAGUCGUACAGCUAUACUUAAUACAAGAUCAGUGUGAAUGCAAUUUCAUUUACUGAAACAUAUGAAAAGUUUGAUUGGUAAUCCAAUAUCACAAUGAUAUGAGAUUUAUCUAUUAAUAGUUAUCAACCAUAAAAACGGUAUGAAAUCAGAUGUAUAGAUGUGGUAUUCUCAGCCAAAUGAUUCAAACUAUACAAUAAAAUAAACGUGUAUGCUACUAUGAUAAUUAUUACAAUAGUAAAAUAUAUAAGGUAACUAACGAGUUAAACGAAUCAAAACUAUAAUUUUAUAGGCCAUAUCAAACUAACAAGUGUGUUUACUAUGACGCUCUUUCCUACCUCAAGACGCUUCAGAACAAUGUUGAGCUUCAACACUUCACUAACGCACAUUAUUGCGCUAUAUAAAUAAAAGCCGUACAAAUAUUCAAAAGCUUCAGUAGCUCAGUUGGUUAGAGCGUGUGGCUGUUAACCACAAGGUCG